AUGCUUUCCCGAACGGCGCAGCGGAGCAUCAGCAGCUCUCUGUCAUCGCAUCCCGGCGCGAUAUACAUACCUUCGUUUCUCCUUCCCGCAUUCCAAGCGCAAUUCUCCACGACGACUAAAUCGCAAUCUCGAAUCGGCUCUGCUCCGAUCUCUGUUCCUCCAGAGGUUCAAAUAACUAUCAAGCCACCGCCUCCCGCUCCUACCAACCAGAACGCGCGUGUGAAAGCUGUAAAUGGGUUGAUACACCUGAAGGGACCCUUGGGCGAAGCUCAGAUGGAGUACCCGAGUUUCAUCAACGUUAUGAAAGACCCUGCAAGGAGUGAAAUUAAUGUGUCCAUCGAGGAUAGGACUGUCAGGAAACAUCGCGAGAUGUGGGGUACGACUAGAAGCUACAUACACAGUCACGUUCUCGGUAUAUCAGAAGGGCACACUUGUAUCCUCCGAUUCGUGGGUGUCGGAUAUCGCGCAAGUGUUGACGACAAAGCAACAACUCUCAAGCCAGAAUAUGACGGUCAGAAGUUCGUGAGCUUAAAAGUCGGAUACUCACAUCCGAUCGAGUUGGCAGUACCUCGCGGUGUCAAGGCAAGCUCCCCGCAGCCAACCAGACUCCUUCUAGAGGGUCCAGACAAGCAUGUGCUCACUCAAUUUGCGGCGAACAUCAGGAAAUGGAGAGUUCCGGAGCCGUAUAAAGGCAAGGGCAUAUUCGUUAACAACGAAGUAGUCAGGAUGAAGAAUAAGAAAAUUAAGUAG